CAUUUUACAAUCACGUUUAAAUGUUGAAAUCGCCAUGUUGUGACGUUUCGGGUCAUUGUAUAGACAGCUAAUGGGCAUGCUCACAAAUGUAUUUUGUAUUUACGUUCUGGAAACGGCAUGGAGUCGCAGGACAAGAUCGCAAAUAUACAAGCGAAAUUCAAGGAUGUUCGAAAAUUGCUGGAUAAUCUUGAAAAGUACAAAACGGAAAACGAGCCGUAUAAAAUAAAAUAUCAAGCGAUCGAAGUGUUGAAAUCGAUGGAAAUAGAUUUGGCCAACAUUUUAACCGACACACCAGAGACGGAGAAAGGAGAAGAAAUAAUAAUGCUUGCUGUAAUACAUUUAAAUCUCGGUUUAUUACACGCUGAUACCGAAGAGUUAAAAGCAGGCGAGGAACAAUUCAUGAAAUGCAUAAAAUUACUGAAAAACAAAGAGCUGGAGCCGGAAGCUGUCUUACCAGUAUUAAGCGCAUUGAACCAGUUGGGUAUUAUAUGGUCCCAAUGGAAUCAACCUAUAAGGGCAAAAGACUUUCUAGAUCAGGCAGAGCGAAUUUACAACGACUUUAUAAAUACUAAUAACCCGUGUAUAGAUCCUAUUAAUAUGGCUCAGAAUUUUGGCAUUGAGCAAGUUAAAGACGAGUUAAGUCCCAAAGAUGUAUUAGAGAAAAUUCAUACUUUAACAUUAUACUAUUUAGCACAAGUAUAUAAUUCAUUGAAAGAUCAUCGCCAGUCUGCAAUAUAUUGUCACAUGACUUUGUGUAGGCAAUUAGAACAAAACGACAUUGCGCAAGAUUUAGAUUAUAUUGAUUGGGCAUUAAAUGCAGCAACAUUGUCGCAGUAUUUUAUGGAAAAUGGAAGUUUUACCCAAGCAAGACACCAUUUAGCAGCUGCGUCUUACAUAUUGCAAAAGUAUAAAGAUAUGUUGAAAGAGAAAACUGAAAAGAAUGGAGAAAGUGAAGCACUCACAGCUGAGUGGGAAAAUUUUAAUCAUAGAAGUGCAGACGUUGCCAGAUGUUGGGCUAAAUAUGGAAUUUUGCUUCUAAUGUUAUCAAAAGAAAGACUUUUACAUAAAACUGAAACAGAACAGGAUACUAAUCAAUCAAAUAAUGAUUCUUCAAAAUCAAAGAUUAUUGAUGAUUUGAAGUUCAAUAGUUUAGAAAAAGAAAUAGAGCCAAUUGCAAAUCAGAUCAUUGAUAAAUAUUUAUUAGAUUUCGAAGAUGCUAGAUUAGUGUUCUUGAAUACCCAAAAAUGGUUAGAGCAAGCUAAGUCAUAUUAUACUUUAGAAAAUCUUGCAUCUGACCACAUAUCAAUUGUACAAGAUAUUUCUUUAACUUAUAAAUAUUUGGCAUUUUUUGAAGAGCAUGAAGACAGGCAAGCAAAAAUGCAUAAAAGAAGAAUAGACAUUUUAGAAAAUAUUAUUAAAGAAUUAAACCCCCAGUAUUAUGAAUCUGCUUGCAGGCAAAUUUGGAUCGAAUUAGGAGAAACAUAUUCUGAUAUUCUUGAUAUAAAACUUGAUCGUUUACGAUCAUCCGAUGAAAAACCUACACCGCAGGUGCUAACAAAAAUUAAUCAUUUAGCAAAAAGUGCUAUAAAAAAUUUUCAAGCGUUCCUCGAUUCAUUACAUUUACAUCGAAAUUCUAAUUCUAAUAUAGAAGAAUUUCCUGAUGAAAUAAUGCAACCAGCUUUGUUUUCUUACUUUCAUCUGGGUAGAUUGUAUAAUAAAAUUAUAACUCCUGACAAAGCUAAUCAGUUGCAAAAUACGCAACAAAGUAUUAAUGCAUAUAAAUUCAUAAUCGAUUAUUGCGAAAAACAUCCCAAAGCAGCUGAGGUGAUGAAAGUUGAAUUAAGCCUAUGCAAAGAAUUAGUAAAUUUGUCGUUACUCAAAUCAAAUCAUUAUCAAUCAAAGUAAACA